ACAUCAAAUACUGUGGAAAGGGGAGGGAUGAAGCACAUUGAAGAGUUCCUUAUGGGAUUACAAUGGAGCAAUCUCUCUAAACACCCACGCACACACAGACACUUGAUCUAGAGUUGUGAAAGUUGAAACUCAUGACUUAAAAGAGGAGUACAGUAGAGUAUAGGCUACUUGAUUUGAUUACACAGAAUGAAGAGAAUAAUAUGAUAUUAUGCGCAUAAUCUUGAAGGUCUGAAUUGUUUUUUUUAACUGUGAUACGAGGACACGACGAUACGACAAAAGAUUUGAGAGUGGAGAGAGAGAGAGAGAGCGCGCGCGCGCGAGAGAGAGAGAGAGAGAGAGAGAAACAGGUGUAUCCACUUUUCAGUCACGCUGCAACCCAGAGCAACAACGCUGCGCUUGAAAAGAGCACCGGAGUAAUCAACUUUGUCAACUCACUGAAAAUGAAUUUCCAUGGUCUAUCCUGGAUAUCUAAAGUGUACACUUGACAAUUGCACUGUGCAUCUGCUGACUCAAGGCUUCUGUGAGUAUUUCUUUCUUUGGUUUAUCGUGGAGGAAGAUCUGCGCAAUUUAAUCCUUUCACCGCGCCUGUCAACUUCAGGGCAGCCACGGUUAACCGUCUACGGCAUGUGUGAUAUCACUUCUAAAUGAUCUGGACAUAUGCGGGAAGGACACUUGGCACCCUAAAUACACAGCAAUCUGUGCUAUAAGACGGACAGCCAACUGUAACAAUUAAUCGAUUUUCACUGGACGCUAAUGAGGACUCCGGAAUCUGUCAAUGGGACUGGGAAUUUAAGUUUCUUCAAAAUAUCUGAAGACGGAGCGAGAAAAUGCUUUAAUGAAUGGUAGUAAUUGUCUUCAAAGCAGGAAUUUAGAGACGUUAUAGACCAGAAGUAAUUUACUUUUCUCAACAUAACCCUGGGAUAAGGCUGUUGCGCAAAGUCUGGAUGAUGCUGUCAAGCCGAAUUACACUAAGGCUGUGCGUCUAUGGAACACUGAUGGUGUGUGUUUUGGGGGAGUCUUUGCUGCCCCUCAUCUCUGCGGUCCCCCAGCGAACUCUGGCAGAGGCGGAGACGCGGUUGCCAUGCCGAUACAGCGGGGAAGAUAAGGUGGUACAGGUGGGAUGGAGCCGAGUGAGGGCCAACGGCGACAUCGAACAGAUCAUCAUCUACGACUUUACUGAGGGUGUAAAAGAGUUUACAGAGUUUGUGAAUAAGAUGCGUUUCGAGACCCUUAAGCCCGUGAAGGACUUGACGCUUCUCAUCCUGAGCACAGAGGAGUCAGACGAGGCCACCUACAGCUGCAGGAUCACCACCUUCCCCUCGGGGACCACUGAGUCCAAGAUACAGCUCACCGUCUGGACUCGGCCCAUCUCCAUCCUGGAGCCCGUGGUGCUGGUAGAGGGCCAAUCCUACCGACAGGCAGCUUCCUGCCGCUCCGUGGGUCGGCCCCAGCCUCGGGUCACCUGGGAUACGGACCUGGCCGGCCAUCCUCAGAACCGCAGCGUGGACGCCAGGACCGUCUCCGGCCAGUUCUCCCUGCACCCCCUUCGCAACCUCAACGGGCGCCAGCUCGACUGCCUGGUGUGGCACCCCACCUUCGACACCCCCUUCAGGAUCAGCAAUCGCUUGGUGGUGCACUACCCUCCUGAUGUGUCGAUCGGGCGCCUCAAAGGGGACUGGUACGUUGGGUUGGAGGACGCAGAGCUCAAUUGUGUCAGUGGAGGAAACCCAAAACCCAACAACUUCACCUGGUCCAGGAAAGGCGGGUCUCUGCCUGAGGGGGUGGAGUUGACUCCUGAAGGCACGCUGAAGUUUGGCAGGGCUCUCAGCCAAUCAGAUGAUGGGAUAUACCAGUGCACCGCUUCCAACAGUGUGGGCUCUGGCAGGGCUGAGAUGGAGAUCAAAGUGGCAGGUUCCGUUCAGAAGGAGGCGAGCGUGGAUACUUUCCUGAUCAUCAUCAUAGGCUGCGUUGCUGUGGCGCUGGUGAUCAUCUUGGUGAUUGUUGUCAUAACAGUGAACCAGUACCAUAAGAGGAAGAACAAACGGCUGGCCAUGGAGCUCCAUGAGAGGAGGGAGGAGAUCAGCACUCUCUCAAGACAAGCUUCCUUCAGAAGGAUGAACUCCGUCAGCACAGACCGAUACCCGAUGGAUGAGAUUAUGCCGCUUAGAGUGGAGGGAACUUUGCGGAACAGCCUCUCCUCCUUGGACCGUCCUCGUUCUCGGGACAGCCGCUCCACGAUGGGUGGGGCAGUGGACACUUUGGGUCGUCCGGUCAUCUACAACACAUCCCGACGAGGCCGUGAUUCACGGAUGAGCCGAGACCUGGAGAGGGAGCGGGAGAGAGAGGACAACCGGCACCGCGUGGAGUCCUACGUGAGAAACAGCAGCGCCUCUCUGUUCCACCCUCCGCUGCACCCCUCUCCUACUGUGAUGGACCAGACUGCUGAGAUAGUGAAGCCUGUAAACGGCAGCGCCAUUCCAACACUAGAGGGGAGGCUUCGCUCGGCAGUCAGCACCCUCGGCAGGAACCAGGCCGGCUCUACGCUCAUCUCCAUGUACCCGCCGCUGACCGACGAGGAAGAGGAAGAGGAGGAGGAGCGAGUGAGAUGUCUGGGGCUCGAGGAGGACGAGUCGGACUUCCUGCAGGUUACCAACACUAAUGGUCUUGAGAACCACGGCAGUGAGACCAACAGCUCCCAGAUGUCCGAGACGCUGUCCAGCCCGUAUGAGCAGAGCAACGGGUCGCUCAGAAUCAAGACCAGGCCCAACGGGUCUCUGCUGCCGCCGCCCAUGCCUCUCCUGCAGAAGGCCCAUGUCGUCUAGAGGGGAGCCCCCUC